ACCUGACAAGUGAUAAACAUACACAUCUACAUAUAUAUAAUCUCCACCACACUUGUGAAAGCCCAACUCCAACAAUUAUAACCCCGGACACAAAACCAAUUAGUAGGCGGGUUUAGUCAGGAUGAAGAGCUUGAUUGUGGCGGUGAUGGUGGUGGCCAUGAUAUCAAAUUUGGUGGUGGAAGGACAAGAAGACCUUCCAGUGUGCGUCGCAAACCUUGUGAGCUGUGUGGAAUAUCUGAACACAACCACGCCACCUCCAGUGACGUGUUGCCUACCACUAAAAGAAGCUGUAACAGAUCAGCUUCCGUGUCUGUGUGGCAUCUAUAAUGACCCUUCUUUGCUUAUAUCUUUCGGAAUUAAUGUUACACAGGCUAUUCAGCUUCCUGUUCGGUGUGGCAUCAACUUCAGUAUCACUGAAUGCACAGGAUCACAAGCUCCAACUCCUGGACCAGGAUCAACCCCAAAUUCCCCUACAACCCCAGCAACACCACCAAGCAGUGCUAGCCAGAGUGCUACGGCAACAUUUAGCAGCUUGUUCAUUUUGGCUGCUGCCAUGCUCUAUUGAGCGCGACUCCUCUCCACAUAGACGUUCUGAGAUUAAUGUAGAGCCAUUAAAGUACUGGGAGCGAAAUCAGCUGCUACAUAACUUCCAUAUUUUCAUGAUGUCUAUCUUGCUGUAUCAUUAAUUGGUGUGUGAUUUAAUCAAGUACUGGUAUAUAUCAUGUUCGUAAUCUAUGUUACACUUGUGCGCAUGUUGUCCGUCCUGUUAAAACUUUUCUUCGAAUAAAUUUCUUGAUGAAAGAAUUAGUUUUUGUCCA